AUGGGAGAUACGAUGGAGCUGCGGGAACCUCUGCUGUCGGCCAAUCAAGGCUAUAACCACCAUGCAGAUGGUGGUGCAGAUGGUGGCAGCACCCACGGCGUGCAUGCGCAGGACAGAAACCCGGACCUGCAGCACGACUAUCACAUGCCUCCACGGCACGAGGACUCGGAACCACAGUCUCCAAGGGAUGGACACAACAGUCGGGUGUUCAGGAACGUUGGCGGCAUGGACGAGUUCUUCUCUCGGUUUUACUACUACUUCCGGUACCGCGGCUGGCUCAACAUCCUCCUCACGCUCAUCUUCGACAUGAUUAAGCAAGCAAGUGUGCGCACCGCACCGACCUCCUCCAUCUUUGGCACAGACUGCAAAGGGAACACCCCCAUCCACUUUGAUCGCCUCCAACACCCGAGUACGAGCGUGGUUGGCGUCCUUGUCGUGUUCUGCCUCAUGUGGACGUUCUUCCUCGUCCUGCGCCUUCGUCGACUCCGCGGUCUCGUCCAGAUGAAGGACUUUUACGAAAAUGUGCUGCAAGUGGAGAGCGCUGAACUUCAGACCAUUUCAUGGAGCGACUUGGAAGACAAGCUCAUCGCUGCAUUUCAGGAGCACAAGUUUGACUUCAAGAAGCACACGGAUGUGCUUGAUGGGUGGAUUGUCAAGUCGGUCAUCAUGCGCAAGACAAACGGCCUGACUCGGCUGUAUUCCAGCGUCCUCCCAACAGCGCUCUCGCUCCCUUCGUUCCCUCUUCCGUUUGCAAAGCACAGCAGCACAGACACGAAAGUGAAGUACCUGCCGCGUAUCCUGCACGAGACCCUGUCGCGUCUGAUUGACUCGACGGUCUUCACAUCACAUAACGGUGUUGUCCGCCUGCACAAGCAGGUGUCACCGGAUGAGUAUGAGGUUCUGGCGCGUCAUCUGCAGCUCUGGAUGCGGGUGCUUGGUGUCGUCAUGCUGCUGUUUGCGCCAUUCGUACUUCUGUACAACGCCGCGGAAUUCUGCUUCACGUAUUCAGAUUUGCUGCGCAAUUCACCUGGCACAUUUGCUGCGCGCCAGUGGACGCAUUACGCGACGUGGUAUUUCCGAUGCGACAAUGAGCUCGAACACUACUGCAAGCGAAGGUUGCAUGAUGCUUACAAGCCAACAAAGUCAUACCUGGAUAGUUUCGCUUCGUUCACCCUCGCUACCAUCUCAAGGUUUCUGCAGUUCGCUGCGGGGGCGCUGUUUGCCACGCUGUUCUUCCUUGCGCUGUACUACGACGAAGGAUUCCUGCAGCUGGAGCUCAUUCGCGACAGAUCCGUGGCGUGGGUCAUGACCAUUCUCGCGGUUGCGAUGGGGAUACUCCGUGGUCUCGCCUCCGAAGCAGUUGAGGUUCAAAGCCCGCAGGCAAAGUGGGAAGAAGCAAAACGCGAGCUUGUCAUGUUUGAGAAGGAGUGGAAUGACAACCCGACGCAUCCCAACACUUUCAAGGCUGUUGGCAACCUCUUUGACCUCUGGGCGAUGGUUGUCUUGGGCGAGCUCCUUGGAAUCAUCCUCGCACCCCUGCUGCUCCUGUUCCGUCUUCCCGCACACGCCCCCAACAUUGUGCGCUUCUACGCCGAAAACUUUAUUGAAGUCGAAGGCCUCGGCUGCCAUGAACGGCACGUGAUUCGGCGUAGUCAGACGAUGAUGGAUCGAGCAAUCAUCGAGAGCAAGCGGGCGGUGUCUGAGGAAGGGGAGCGGGGCUACGGUUUGGUUGGAUCACAGAUGCGCCCGCUGCCUGCGUCUGGGUCGGUGGUGGACAGCAGCAGCCACGGCGGUGGUGGUGAAUCCCUCGCACAGAGCAUUGCAGACAUGCCACCCGACGACCGCAGCAUCUUCAGCGAACGCCGGCUCCUGCACGUUCGCCAACUCGAAUCUGUCUCUCGUGUGCUGCCACGCCCAUCCGAUAUCUAA